AAGUGUGGAGUAAGUUGCUAUAGCAACAGUACGAUUGAGUACCUACUGAUUGGAUUGUACUAGGCAUUUGUUACGAAAUGUUUGGAGGCCGAAGGAAAGAGAAAAAGUAAAGCGACAGGUAAAAAUCAAAGACAAAUUCAAGCGAAGGGCGUGGUAUUUUGCACCAAUGGAACCUAUCAGCAGCAACCGCAGUAUCAAAGGCGGCAUCUUUAAUGUGGCUAAAUCUCAAUACAGCCCGGAAACAAGAAAGAUUGUGAACGACCUCAUCCAAGAGAGCCGGCUGACGCUGCAGCUGCGGCAGCGCGUGCACGAGGCUUUGGACCGCGGCGAGCCGUUGCCGGUGGCCGACGCGCGCGCCCGCCCUCUGCCCCCCACCGCCCGCCGCGCGCAGGCGCCAGGCCACGCGCAGACGUACGCCGCGCUGCACCUGCUGCCGCCCCGCGCCGCGCGCCGCCCGCGCCACGUCAUCGAGCGCUCCGGGGCCUACGAGCGGGACACGUUUCUCCCGCGGAUUCCCAGGGUUGACAGAGCCAAAGAAUUAGCAAGACUCCAAAACAUUAUGACUUAUGGAAGGUCAGAACCUCCCAUGGAAAAAAUUGUCAAGACAACGAAGAAAAAAGAAGAGGAGAUUAUUGAUCUGCCUGAUGACGCAGAUAUGUUAGAUAAUUUAAUGGAAGAAAUCGACGAAAGACUGAAGUUUUUAGAUGAAAUGAAACAACUUGGAGAAGAAAAGAAGUAUCAACAGAUCAUCAUGUCAGAAAUUACAGGCAAACUGCGUCAAAUAGAGAAAAUUGAUAAAGCUCAGAACUUGAGUUCAGAGAAUACUACCACCACAAGUCCUGAAUAA